GCUAAAAGUCAGUAAAUUUAUUUAUUUUCUUUGAAAAUAAAAGGGUGGUGAUUCUUGGCUGAUAGCAGAAGCAGAGUGUUAAAAAUAUUUUAGUGUAAAUGAUUCAAGAGAAUUUCCAAUUUCUCUUUAUACUGUGGAAUCUCAAAAUCAAAGACGUGUUGAGCUGUUCUCUCUCUCUUUCUCACUAAAUUUGAAAAAAUAUGUAUAGGUGCAAGCUGUAAAUGCAUGUAGCGUAUGAAUGUAUAGGACCUUUUUUUGUACUGUUCCUCUCUGUAACAGCCUUCUCCUAUUCUUUCCAUUUGAAUAAACAAAGUAAAUAAUUGUUGAUGUUGAGCAGCAUUUCUGUUAUCCUUAUAACCCCAUUCAAAUUUCUCCAUGAAUUGACACUAGUUUCUUCAUCUCCCCCUCUCUCCUCUUCACUCUCAUCCAAAAAUGGAGUUUCUUCUCUUCUAGUUCUCUCUCUCUCUAACUGAAUUGCAUUGUAAUUCGGAACCCACUCCCAAGAUUCGAUUUUGGGCUACAUUGCUCCACACGAAAACCUAAUCUGGCAACAAUGGCACCGUGGUGGGGGAAGGAAUCUCACAGAGGCACGCCGGUGGUGGUGAAAAUGGAGAACCCUAACAACUGGUCAAUGGUGGAGAUAGAGUCGCCGUCCGAAGAAGACUUUUUAAACGGCGCCGUGUCGAAGGGCGGGCGCAACAAGAACGCCAAGCAGCUCACGUGGGUCAUCCUGCUCAGGGCCCACAAGGCCGCCGGCUGCCUCGCCUCCAUCGCCGCCGCAUACGUCUCCCUCGCCGCCAUCGUCCGCCGCCGCAUCGCCUCCGGCCGCACCGACUCCGCCGACGCCGCGCCGGCCGAGAACCCCAAGAUCAAGUCGAGAUUCUACACCACCAUCAAGGCCGUGCUCGGGUUUUCCCUGCUGCUGCUUGCCUUCGAGCUGGCCGCGUAUUUGAAAGGCUGGCAUUUCGGAGCUCCGGAUCUUCAGCUGGGUCGGUUUUACGCCGGUUUUACGGCGAGGGAUGUGUUUGGUUUGCUGUAUUCCUCAUGGGUCCGGAUCCGGGUCGGGUAUAUCGCCCCGCCGCUCCAGUUCUUGACCAGUGCUUGCAUCGUGCUGUUCAUAAUCCAGAGCGUGGAUAGGCUAAUCCUGUGUUUGGGCUGCUUCUGGAUUAAACUGAAAAACAUUAAACCCGUGGCCAAACAAGACCUUGUUGAUGCCGAAUCUGGAGAUGGAGAUGGCUAUUUCCCUAUGGUUUUGGUUCAGAUCCCUAUGUGCAACGAGAAAGAGGUUUACCAACAGUCGAUUGCGGCUGUGUGUGAGAUGGAGUGGCCUAAGGGGAGAAUGUUGAUCCAAGUUCUGGAUGAUUCAGAUGAUCCCACAGCGCAGUUGCUGAUCAAGGAAGAGGUCCGAAAAUGGCAGCAGAAUGGUGCCAACAUUGUGUACAGACACAGAGUGAUUAGAGAGGGUUACAAAGCUGGCAAUCUUAAAUCCGCCAUGAGUUGCAGCUAUGUUAAAGAUUAUGAAUUUGUUGCUAUUUUCGACGCUGACUUCCAGCCUAAUCCGGAUUUCCUGAAGAGGACUGUUCCUCACUUUCAGGAUAAUGAUGAAGUAGGGUUGGUCCAGGCAAGGUGGUCAUUUGUGAACAAGGAUGAGAAUCUACUAACAAGGUUGCAGCUCAUCAAUUUGGCAUUUCAUUUUGAAGUGGAGCAGCAGGUUAAUGGACAUUUCCUCAAUUUCUUCGGGUUUAAUGGGACUGCCGGAGUUUGGAGGAUUAAGGCGUUGGAGGAAUCUGGUGGUUGGAUGGAGAGGACCACUGUUGAGGACAUGGACAUUGCAGUCCGCGCUCAUCUUCAUGGAUGGAAGUUCGUCUUUCUGAAUGAUGUCGAGUGCCAAUGUGAAUUGCCAGAGUCUUAUGAAGCUUACCGCAAGCAACAGCAUAGAUGGCAUUCUGGCCCGAUGCAGUUGUUCCGUCUCUGUUUGCCAGCUAUUAUAAAAUCCAAGAUAAGUGUGUGGAAGAAAGCCAACAUGAUUUUUCUCUUCUUCCUGCUGAGGAAACUUAUUCUUCCAUUCUACUCAUUCACCCUUUUCUGCAUCAUUCUACCGAUGACAAUGUUUGUUCCCGAGGCUACACUCCCUGCGUGGGUCGUCUGUUACAUCCCGGCCACAAUGUCGUUUCUCAAUAUAAUGCCUGCUCCGAAGUCAUUCCCAUUUAUCGUUCCUUACUUGCUGUUUGAGAACACUAUGUCAGUCACCAAGUUCAAUGCCAUGAUAUCUGGUCUCUUCCAACUCGGAAGUGCCUACGAGUGGGUCGUCACCAAGAAAUCCGGGCGCUCCUCUGAGGGUGAUCUACUGUCGUUGAUUGAGAAACCCCCGACACACCAAAGAGGUAGCUCAGAGCCUAACUUAGAGGAACUGCGGGAGGAAAUCAAUCGACAGAUGAAGGAUUCUCAGAAAAAGAAACACAAUAGGAUAUACACGAAAGAGCUGGCUCUAGCUUUCCUUCUGUUGACAGCUGCAGCAAGAAGCCUCUUGUCUGCUCAGGGAAUCCACUUCUACUUCCUGCUCUUUCAGGGAAUGUCCUUCUUGCUCGUGGGCCUCGACUUGAUUGGCGAGCAGGUGCAGUAACGGCUCGUUGCUCGUACUAAAAAUGUGUAGAUUGUGAACAUAUGCUGGUGAAGUGAGUUAAAUGUAAGAAGCUCGACUCGACAGAGGAUGGCGCGCGCAAUACGUCCUUGCUCAUGGAGGAGGAUGAAGCGGCCGUUGUAAAGAAAGACGCGGGCCGGCACUUCGUAUUGCGUCACUUGUAAAGAGACGGCCUAUUUUUUUGGUUUUGUAAGCUGUUAAUUUCUUGGGUUUCGAUUCUUUUGUUUUUUGGGUAUAUUCUUUUUGUAAGAAGGAUCGGUGUUGAAGGCACCGAGCACAGAAUGAAUUUGUUCACAUAUGAGUAGUAUGAGUUGUAGUGGUGGUGGAAGCUAUACGUUAUUUUGUCUGUUGCUCAUUUUUCGUAAUUCAGAGGGACUCAAAUUCUCUUUCA